UAUCUUUCUUGAGCACUCUUCUCAAAAUCCGGUGACAACAUGAAGGUUUCAGUUUGCAUUUUCUUUGCAUUUUUAUCAAUUUCUUUGGCUAGUAAAGAUGCCAACGUUAAAGAAAUGGAAGAAGAAAAAGUUGAUGUUGAUUCGGAAAAAUUAGAGUAUGCUAAAGGAUCUUUGUGUGGCUAUUGUGAUUACUGCAAGUUUUGCAAGCUUUGUGAAGAAGACUGUCCAUGUGAAAAAAGUGCAUCAAAACCAAACUGUCACAUGUGCAAAUACUGCAAGUUCUGUUAUCUUUGCUCAGGUGUCUGCAACACAAUAUGUCAACCAGGUGGAAUUAUUGACAAAGUGUCUGCAGCAUUUGUAAAUGCCUUACCAAGUUUCAACAAAGAUGAAGUAGAUGGUGAUAUAGAAGGUGUAAAAUCCUGGAUUGAUCAGAAGAAAGAUGAACUUUAAAGCCACUAGUCAGAUAGACAUGUCUACCUUCCAACAUUCAUUCUUCACUUAUUAGUUUCACAAUCAUUAGUCAACUUUUCAUACAUACAUGAUUUUGUUUGGACCAUUAUCAAUAUGUAAACAAUAAGCAAAACAAACUUGAAAAACUAUUAAAGCAAUUAUUGUAUCAGUAAGUGCAAAAAAUGACAUAGUUACUUUGUAUAAAAUUGUAAAGUUAGUAAAUUGAAAGGGAAAAGGAAAUUAUUUUGAAUAUUUUACAGAUCUUGUAGCUUCUUGAGAAAAUAUGUAUUGACUGAACAUUUUUGCUUUCCUAAAUGACAAAAUAGAGAAGAUUGUUGAGGUUUUUAUAGAUUAGAGCUAGAUCGAAGUUUGUAUUUAAUUGUUGAUACUGGUAAGGAUUAAGAGAUAUGUUUUAGACUUGUUUUAUACUUUUAUAUUAUUUUCUUAUCUGGGCAAAAUGCUGGCAGUAUUGAAAGAUAAUUAAUAGUGCCAUGCCCUUGCCGUUUUUGUUAUUUUUAAAAGUUUAAGUUAAGAUUUGUUUUACUAAGAUGAAAUUGUUUCAGAAUGAAUUAUAUGUAAAAUAGUAGGGCUAUUGAUUGACAUUAUGCAAAAAAUGCAUGCAUGACAAUAGUGGUCAGGUUCAAAUUUCAACAUAUUGUCAAGAAAUAUUUUUUUUGAAACUCCCAACAUUUUCAUAUAGUUGCUUCAGUUUUGCACCGACAAUAGUGAAUCCACCUGCUUUUUGUUUAAUAAUUUAAUUUUUCUCCUUUUUUCUAUUUGAUCAGGGAUAUAUUUUAGUUUAUUUAUGUCAACAUAGAUUUUUGCAGCAUUACCUAGUUUAAUAAUAAGUUGUUACUCUAUGCAUUUAUUUGACAUUGUCUUAUUUUUUUGUGAUCAUUUCCUUCAUGUCCUUGGGCAAGAUGCGGGAUUAGACUAGUGGUUGGUCAGUUAUUACUGGUUAGUUAUCCAGGAAAGCCAGUCAGGUGGACAGGAACAAAAGUGUGUUUAAAACCAGAUAAACAAACAAUUUGAUAUGGAAGCAAUUACAUUUUUUUAUUCUGCUAGACUCCUUAUCAUUUAAAUUCUUGUUUUUAUUUCAAAUUUGCAAUUUUAUAUAUUUUUUAUACAUUUUUCUUUUCUAUUUCUUUACACUUUACAAUCAAACACUCUGUAAAAUGGUUGUGCAAUGCUAUUAGUAGAUGUAGAUUAUAAUAAUAUAUAAUUAUAUAAUAAUCAGAAAGUGAACAAAUGUCCAUUAUCAUACUGUAUUUAUAAAAGCUUAUCAGCUUUCAAAUUCAUCAAUAUCAUGACAUAGAAACAAACAUUUCUGGGCAAUGUGUCUUAUUGGGUUUUUGUAUUUUAUUGAAUUUACAAUGAAAAUAUUGCAGAAGCUGUAUGUAUGUGGUUAAUCCUGAUAGCUUGAAAAUAUUUAGUUAAAAAUUUUGUUUGAUAAAAAAAAAUGUUUUUUUUACUGAAUUGUUUUUUCUGAAUCGUUAUGAUAACAAAAUGCAAAUUUAAGUUAUCUCCCCUCAACUGUAAAACAUGGUUUGUGCCAUAGAAUAAAUUUGCUGAUGUAAGGGACAUCUUCACUUUGGGGCUAUGAUAUUUUCAAAACAUUUUUCAUUAAUUUUGUCAAAUUAUUAUAAAGGUCAAAUACAUUUUUUAUAUACUUUUAAACAUAUGAAAACGUUUAUGAAAUGGAAUGAAUCUUUUAGAAUUGCAUGUUAAAGAAUUGCAAGAUAGAUCAAUGCUUUUAUUUUAGAAAAAAAAGAACAAUAGUUUUAUGAUCAUCUAGAAGAAGACUGAAUGUAAAAAGUAUAAAAGGACAUAUUUAACUGAUUUCAGUAGUUAAUUAGGAAUGCAUGGAUCAAUUUAGAAGUUGAUACAGCCUGAUUUUAAAUGUUGUUAUGGAAUAUGUUGAUAUUUUGUUUAAUGUAUAUUUUGUGCUUUUACAUUCCAUCACACUUAAAAUAAUUGGGUGAAUACGCUUGUGACACAAAGCUGGUAUAGUUUACCUUUCCUCUGGUGAUACUUAACUUUUGCACAGAAUUUUAAAGUUAAGUCGUGAAUGUUUUUUUGCUGUCCUGUUUAUAACAGAUUUGAAGUGCUAAAUUGAAAUAUGUAUUAACUUAUUAAAUUAGAAAUCUAGUAAAGAAUUUUGAUGUAUAACUGAUUGGUUUACAGCAACUUAUACAGUAAGGACUGUCAAAACUAGUUUUAGAUAUCUUUUGAUCGAUGUUAUGUGUUAUUGUAAAGGAUGUUAUCACUAACUUAGAAAAAGAGUGAUUCAUGUUGUGUUAUUUCAAUGUUAGUUUUCACUUUAACAGUGUUCACAUGUACUAUCUAACUUAUUUUGUGUAGUUGAGUAUUAAACAAGUUGUGAUGUAAAUCCAAAAUAAAGCUGUUGUUUCUUUUGUAAA